GAAGUGGGGAGGGAGGGAGAUAAAAGCGGUGGGAGUGUGGUAGUUAAACAAGGAAGUAGAAUUUGCUUUGUCGACCAAACAUUCUGCCUAGCAGGACGAACCAGUUACAGGUGGACAGACUGCCAUCAGCAACCAGAGAGAGGGAAUUUGAACACACACACUCUCCAACACACACAGGCUGACUAUGGGGAUGGUGGAGAAGUGACCGAUCAAGACAGCAACCAAGAAAGACAAACUGGACCUGACUUGAGCCUCAUCUCACUCUCUCUUUCUCUACCUCCUUCCUUCUCUCUGUCCUGUCCCAGCAGUAUGCGGGCUGUGUCUGCGCUAGUGUUUCUGGCCGUGGGUGUGAUGGUGGUGUUGAUGUACCAGGCGGUCCGCCAGGAGCUGACUCUGCAGGGUCUUAAAGCCCGCGCUCUGGAGAGCUCCUCUCAGGUCAAGCAGAAGGAGAACGACAUCGUCCAGGUCAAGAUGAAGAUCCAGAAGCUGAAUGGUGAGCUGGAGCCCAUCAACACCAAGAGAGAGGAGCUGACUAAGAAGAAGGAGCAGUCUGCUAAAGCCACAGGCGAGGCGGACAAGAGUCUAAAGACCUGUCAUACAGAGAAGGCCGAUGCAGAGAAAAAGAAGACUGACGCGUCGGCGGCUCUUCAGAAAGUUAAAGAUGAUCAAGAAGCACAGAAGAAGAAAGCUCAGGAGGAGAUCCAGGCGUUGAAACAGCAGAUUCUGGAGCGGGACAAGGCACUGUGUGCCUUUGUGGACCAGACCAAUGAGGAAGGACGGAAGCUGUGUGGAAUCACAGAGGCCCCAAAAUGAAGACUUGGAAUAGACUAUCAGCCUCCAUCUCUCCCUCCCUCCCUCAUGCUUGCCGUGAUGCACACACACCCAUACACAUCAUCGUUGUGCAGCUCAUAACAUUCCCCACCUACAACCACCUUCACUUCACUGUACCUCUCAAUACUCAGGAAAAUAAAAAACAAGAAGGGUUUGGAAAACCCAGUCUGAAUGUCAUGUCUUCAUUACAUACAGUACACUGUUAGUUUGUGUAUGCAGGUAAGGAAGGGAGACAUUACAUUUUUUAAUUAGUGAGUUUCAUCCUAUGGUACAGGACAUUAAUGUAGGAAUGACUGAAAGAGGUUAGGGCUAAUUCCCUCAGAGAUGGAGCAAGGUGUCUCUGAGGUGACUUCUGAAUGUUGCAAAGGUUCUAGAGAAGAGUUCUAAAGAAGUGUGAAGGUGCAUGCCCAUCUGGUUCAA